UACUAUAUGGUAUUAAUUUUGACGUUGAUUGCGAGUUUUUUGUGUUGAAUUGUGGUGCGGCUGUCUGAACCAUAUAUUCAAACAAUUUGUGAAUAUAAUUUUUUACAAAGAAGAUAUUCUUCAGAUUGAUUGAGUAAAUAGAAGUUUGUAAAAAAGUGAAUAUAUUUUGACUUCUCCUUUUUUUACAACUAGUCAUUUCCAAAUUGAAUCCAGAUUGGCAUUUCAAGUCGGCCACAAGAACAAUAAAUCAUUUUUCAGUCAAAUUUUUGUAUUCAUUGUUGUUUACAUUGUAAAAACUAAUAUUUCCAGUUUCAAAAUCAUUGAGACACAACAAAGCAUCGACGAGGGAGAACAUCAUAUUUUGAUAAAAUGGAUUUACUUUGGAAAAAGGAAGCGGAUGGAUCAUAUAUUGAUAUUUUUGGUAGAUCCACAGGAAAUUCAAAUUUGUUCAGUAAAUUAUUCAGUGGUUUGCAAUUGGCUCCUGCCAAAAAUAAUACGAAAUCAACCGAAUUCCGGCAAAAUGGAAACGAUCAAAAAGCCAAAGAGCGCUGGUAUCAUGCGAUGAGAUUCUACAAUGAAAGCCUAAGCUAUGCUGAAAACGGUUCACCCAAUGUUAGUUUGGCGUAUGCAAAUCGAUCGUUAUGUUUCCUUAAGAUGGAAAUGUACGAUAAGUGCAUAACCGAUAUUAAUUUUGCGAUUAAAGCCAACUAUCCGAAAGAAAAGAGGUUCAAAUUAGACGAACGACGUGCGUAUUGCUUAGAACGGAUCAACAAUGAAGUUGAAAUAUUGGCUCCAGCAUUUGAUUUUGAUGCAAAUGAAAAUUAUGUUGGAUUCUCGAACGUUUUGGAUAUAAAAUUCAAUGAGAAGUUUGGACGGCAUGUGGUUGCAAAGUGUGACAUUGCCAUUGGAAAAACCGUUUUGAUCGAAGAAGCAUUUGGACCGGCUCAGCUGAUGGAUGCAGGACAAUGUGUUGUAUGCAAUACAUGUUAUAAAAAUACAAUGAAUUUUAUCCCGUGUGAGAAAUGUCCGAAUACAUUAUUUUGUAAUCAAACUUGCAUUGAUAAUAAUAAAUUUCAUAAGUUUGUAUGCGGUGAAGUGCCGCCACCACUUACUUCGUCCGUGAUGUACGAUAUGACUUCAGUUUUGUUUGCUAUUGAUAUUUUUCAAAACGUCGACAGUUUAAUUCAAUUCGUGGAAAGUGUUAUCAAUGAUAAAAGCAAAACGAAAGUUGUACCAUCUGCAAUUGGUGAUAUGAAAUCAAAAUAUCGCAUAUUUUUGCAACUCAAUCUCUUGGGAAAUGCUAUGAAGCGUGGGAUUUCCUUAGCACGUGCGCGUAAUGUAUACGAAAAAUUAAUGGGAUAUCCAACGAUAAAAACGAUGUUUUCAACGAAGGCAAAAAAACGUUUCUUCAUUCAUUUGUGUGUGCUGCAUGUUUCCAUCGUUCUAAGUAAUCUAUUCAACACGAACACCAUUAGUGGAACGUAUCUACUUCGAAGUUUCUUCAAUCACUCUUGUGCACCCAAUGUAUUGUUCUACCACUAUGAGAAUAAGUGUAUUGGCAUUACGUCUCGCUUAAUUAGAAAAGGAGAACAAUUGUUCAUGAUAUACAACCCAACUUGUUGGUCUACGCCAUUGAAUAAGCAGCCAAUGGCACGUAUUGAAUAUGAAUUUCAAUGUGACUGUGAAAAAUGUAAGAGUACUAAUUGGCCCAAUUCAUCAAAACGCAUUAAAUCUGAUCCUGAUAUCCAAUACAUUGAAAGUUUCAUGAGUGAGGCCAAUGGACCUAUAGAUGAUUUUAGUCAUCAUCAGAAUUACUUAAACAUUCAGCAAAGAUGCAUCAAUGUGUUGAAUAAAUAUGGCAACCUGCCCUGGACUACUGAACUAAACAUGGUUUCUCGAAACUUCGAACUAAUAUUGAGUCAAGCUUGUCUAUUUUCGCCAAUAAAUUUUGGCAAUUUAAGAAGUCGCACUGAAAAUAAAGAAUGAGACAAAUUUGUCAGGUAUCAUUUUUAAGAAAAUAUAUCCAAUUAUUAUUUCAAAUAUAUGUAUGUAUUCAACUUAAUAAGCAUUUUUGGCACUAUAUAACGCUAUGAUCUUAUAUAAUGUACUACAGGGGCCAUUACAGAUUCAAUUUAGCUGUAACUUCAAAUUUUAAUACAACGAAUAAACUUCAUUUACAGAGAUGCUCUUAUAUAGUGAAAUAUAUAAUUUAGAUCGAUUUUGUGAUCAAUAGACGGCUUUCGUCAAUCCGUUUUGAAUGCACAAUCCCAAGAGAGGGAUUUUAAUCCAAUUAGUAGAGUAUAUUUUGUUUUAAAUAGAAUUUAAUCAUGAUACAUUUGCCAUAAUCAAAUACAUAAAAAUUAAAAAUAAUCGAAGAAGCACCCGAAAAAUGAAUAAUUCAGAUUUUCAUUCAUCUUAUUUUGUUUGACUGUCGAAGUAAGACAGAAAUGUUUUUUUUUCUUACUUGAAGAAAUGUUUGGCCAAAUUGAAUAAUCCAAAGAAAAGUGUUGAUUGAAUUUGAUUGAGCGUCGUUCAUAUCAUUCGGCAAAAUUACUACCAUUUUAUCUUGGGGUUUUAUGGAAACGGUUCUACUGAAAUGUAAAGAAUCCUCCAAAGAAAACACUUGACGAAAAACCAACAAAUAUUUUGGCACUAUCAUUUUAUUAAAUGCUUCGAAAAUUAUAUUCCAUUUAAUCGAUUAGCGGAAGAAAGUUUAACUAUGUUGAAUCAAAAUCAAAUCAUUACUUAUUAGCUAUAUCAGUAGAGAAAUAUAAUUAAAAAAAAUUAAGAAAAAA